AUGUUCACGGCCACCAAGCUCCAAGUUGCCACGUACCUGCUUGGGGUCUGCCCCUUUUCCAUCGCGUUUCUUGUCUUUCUCAAUUCCUCAGUCUCGUUUGUUAUUACGGACCUUAUUGGCAAGGAGGAUGCCGUGGGUGAUGCCGUUGGGACUCUGGGGUUUGCUGAUGAGCUGGUGGCAUUGGUAGCGUGUCCGCUAUGGGGCUUACUCUCUGAUCGAAUGGGCCUACGUCCGGUCUGUGUUGCAGGCUACCUGAUCAUUUGCCUGGCCCUGGUCUUGUUCGUCCAAGCCAAAAAUGUCUAUCCCCAGCUGCUGCUGGCAAGGUUAUUCUUCAGCCUUGGAGGUGCUGCGGCUUCCACCAUGGUUACGGCAAUUCUACCUGCUGUCGCGACACCGUCAACCAAUUAUCCAGCCGAGAAUCAACGUGCCGGCGUCGCUGCUGCCGGGAAUGGCCAUGCUACCAGUCCGUCAAUUGAGUCAGAGGUGACGAUCACACCAGCAAGAUUCGUGUCGAGAUCCUCGCAACGCAAAAGCAAAGUUGAUCUGACAGCAGCCGACUCAGAGAUCGCUGGCUCGACAAGUCGAGUUGCCGGAUUCGUGGGCAUGUUCACCGGUUUUGGUGCCCUGAUCGCCUUGACUCUUUUCCUGCCCCUUCCGGCUAAAUUUCAGUAUGCAGGUAUUGGAGAGAAGGCUGCGCUGAAAGACAGUUUUUACAUCGUUGCUGCGGUGGCUUUUUUGCUGGCCAUCUGGUGCUUCUUUGGUCUUCGACGUCUACACAGUGAUGCCGAAGACUAUCCCUCAAGAUCUGCCGUCCCUCGCCGCAACGGAGCAAUCUCACGCCUCACCGACGCACUCACUCAAAUGUUGAACAACUUUCAAACCGCUAUCAUGGCAGGAUUUCAACGCUCCGAAAUAGCCAUUGGGUAUCUUGGAGGUUUCGUGGCCCGAGCUUCUUCCGUCGGCAUUUCUCUUUUCAUUCCCCUGCUUGUCAACGCAACAUUUCUCUCAUCGGGUCUCUGUGUGGAUCCAUCCUCCAGCGAUGAUCCAACUGGUCUCCCGGAUAUUAAGAGAAGGUGCCCUCGAGCUUAUGUGGUUGCCGCAGAACUCACUGGCGUUACGGAAUUGGUGGCUCUUGUCUUUGCCCCUGUGUUCGGCUACUGGGCUGCGAGAGCGACGAGAAAAGAAAUUCCACUCCUUGUGGCUUCGAUGGCAGGAAUUAUCGGUUACCCUUUGUUCGCAAACGAAUUUGAUCCUGAUGAUCGAAACACAUCGCAACGGGCCGCAGCAUUCUUCGCUGUUUGCCUCAUCGGAAUCAGCCAGAUCGGCGCAAUCGUCUGUAGCCUCGGUACACUGAGUAAAGGAGUACUUCGCAGAGAAGCAAGACGUCCGCCCAACACCUCCGAGCACAACGGUCAAGGAACUGACGCCCGUCUCGAUGAGGAGAGCCCUCUUCUGACAGCCAUCCAACAAGGGAAUGCAGAAACGCCUUUGUCGGCCUUGAAAGGCUCCGUUGCCGGUGUAUAUUCGCUUUACGGAGGGGCUGCAAUCCUGAUUCUAACCAAGGUCGGGGGUCUGCUGUUUGACAAAGUCUCUUUGGCCGGCCCGUUCUAUAUCAUGGCGAUUUUCAAUGCAACACUGAUGCUGGCGUGUUUGAUCUCGAGUCUUUUGAGCAGCAAGGAACGUGCGACGCAACCAGAACCAGGGCCACAAGACGGAGGCUAG